AUGGGCUGUGGAGCUUCCUUGGCGCCGAUUGAGGUGCACGCGGCACCGCCCAAGGCGGAGGCUGCAGGGGGCACGAAGGAAGAGAAUCAUCAUCAAGCCGUAGGCGAUCCUUCGUCGGUGAAGGCCGACGGGAUCGGAAAGGAGGAGGAGCCUUCCUCUCCUCCCGGGACGAUCGGCGAAGACGACAAGCAGCCGAGUCUUCCUCGGAACUUGGACGAAGUUGAUGCAGAGUUUAUCGCAUCUGCACUGCGAAGCAAGGGCUACAUUAGUGUGGACACCCGGAUUGCUUCACUCGAGAAGAUUAUCUAUGGCAAGGAGAAGGGCUACUUAGGCGACAAAUGCUUGCUCAAGAACAUCACGUACGCGCCUUCAGCUCCCGAUGCUCCUGGCUCGAUCUUUGUGAAGCUGUUCCCAGCCGACUUAGUCAUUCCGGUUGGCCAAUGCACAAAACUGUGGCACAUGGAAGUGAACUUUGUCACGCGCAUGCUCCAAGAUUUGCCUGACUCGAAGGACUUCAGAGUACCGCAGUUCUACUUCACACACUACGUCGCGGAGGACGGCGAGGCGCCGCUCUUCGUGAUUCUCAUGGAGCCCAUCACUGCAAAGCCGUACGACAUCCUCCGACCCAUGUCGGUAGAGCACGCGCUCCGUGCAGCGAAAGAUCUCGCUAUUUUACAUGCGCCGUACUGGGGCUGGACUCACGCGCGCUACCGGGACGAGACCGACGAAAGUGGCCUGAAGAAGUUCGAAGGCUGUGGGCAUAUCGAGGACCCGGGGAAGAAGCAAACCCUCCAGGGCGUGUUCAGCAUGGGCACGAAUCUCGGUUUAAAGGUGUUCGGCGCCGACGGGCCGCUUUCGGCUGCAGAGCUCCAGGACUUCGACGGUUAUGUCGAGUUCUGGCGCUUUUUUGAAGCAGAUGUCUGGCCGCUGCUGCAGACACGCUGGGCAGCGGUCUUUGAUCGGUGGACAAGCCUGCCGGCGGCAUUGGUUCACGGCGAUUUGCACAUCGAGAACAUGUUCUGCUUGGAGGACGGGACCAACGUGUACUUGGACUUCCAGUCGGUGAACCUCAGCCCCGGGGUGCGGGAUCUCGCCUGGCUCGUCGCGAGCUCCCUCGAUUCCGAAGACCGACGCCAGCACGAGCGCGCGAUCGUGCAAGCCUACCAGGAGGCCCUCGCUUCGCGUGGCGUGGAUUACGCCCUCGCACAGUGCUGGGAGGAUUUCGUUUUCAUGAAGAUCCACGGCCUCUACGCGGCCAUGCUCGGCGCCGGGAUCUUCGCAGAGAAGAGCUUCAGGGAGAAGGCCGGCAUGUUCGCGGUCGAGCCCUCCGAAGAUGCCAUCUCGGAGCGGAGGAGGAAUUGCGCUCUUUUCUCACGCAUUGUUGAUGACCUGCGCCACAGCAAUUGGCCCGUUGUGCUGCAGGACCUUCCAGAGGAUCCGGCGCCGUGA